AAAAAAAAAAAAGGUGUGUGUGUGUGUGUGUGUGGUGUGUGUGUGCAUGUGUGUAUAUGUAUGUGUGAACUAGGAGGGUCAAGCGACCCUCGUUUUUUUUUUCUUUUGUCUUAUUAGAACAGACUUUGCCUCAACGGAUGAAGAAAAUGUUUCACCUGCUUGUUUUGUUUUGUUCGUUGCGUCUGAUUGGUGUGUUCAGCGAGUCGGUGUCAGUGAUGGAGGGCGAUUCUGUCACUUUACACACCGAUGUUACUGAAAUACAUGAAGAUGAUGAUAUAGUGUGGAAAGUCGGAGCUGAAAAGUCUCUCAUAGCUAAAAUGAGUCUAGCUGCUGGAAUCUUCUCUAUAUUUGAUGAUGUUCUUGACGGGAGAUUUAGAGACAGACUGAAGCUGGACAAUCAGACUGGAUCUCUGACCAUCACGAACAUCUCAACUAAUCACGCCGGCAUUUAUCAGCUAGAUAUUAGUGGAUUUAAACUGAGAUCAAAAACAUCCAGAGUUUCUGUCUUGGCUCGUCUGCCUGUUCCUGUCAUCAGCAGUAACUCUUCAAACUGUUCUUUGUCUUCAUCAUCUUGUUCAUUGUUGUGUUCGGCGGUGAACGUGGGUCAUGUGACUCUCUCCUGGUACAAAGGAAACAGUUUAUUGUCCAGCAUCAGUGUGUCUGAUCUCAGCAUCAGUCUCUCUCUACCUCUGGAGGUGGAAUAUCAGGAUAAAAACACCUACAGCUGUGUGAUCAACAACCCCAUCAGAAACCAGACCACACAUCUGAACAUCAGCAGACUCUGUCACACGUGUGAAGUUUUGUUUUCCCCAGAAGUACACAUCUUUUGCUGCGGUUUUACUGAAGCUGUGAUCCGAUUGGUCCUCUCUGCCCUGGUGGGCGUGGCUGCAGUAAUUAUUCUGGUUUAUGACAUCAGAUCCAGAAGAGGAGGAGACAAGAAGCAGAUAUCAUACAUAUUAUGAUACUUCCAGCUCUGUAAAGAUGAAAUAUGUACAAGGAUUUAAUUUCAAAUACAGUAAUCAACGAGAUAAUAAGAGCAAAUAAAUUGUAUAAAAUGUAAUUUUUGCAUUUUUAUAUAGAAUUUUAGAAGUAAACUCAAUUUGAGAAAAAGUAAUUUAAUGAGGCUUAACCAGUGGCUUUAAUUUUGAUUAUUGGCCAAUAAUGGAUGAAAAUGGUGCCUGUUCAAUGACAUUUCAAUAUCAAUCGUUUCAUAAUAUACUUUGGUUAAUCGUGUUAUUGUCAUCAUAGAAUCUUGUUUAUGGUUUAGCCUAUAGAGCAAUCUGUGAUGGUUUUCUGACCUCUAGAGGUACUACAGGAUAUAUGUGAACCAAUAGCAUGUGACUAAUAACAUGACAAAUAUAAUAAUGUAUGAUCUAAUAUCAAACGGGGAGUGUUAUAAUAAAGAUAGAAGAUCCUGUGAAUGUGUGGUUUAAUUGGCGGAACCUAAAGCUGCAUAUUCUUCAAUUAUUAAUGUUCAUAACAUCAGUAUGGAGUGACUACGAGUAUAGUAUGUAUUAGCCUG